AUGCGUAGGAACUGUGCUCUUGUUGUUAUACUUUUGGUAGUACUACUUUCACAAUUUGGGAUAGACAAGGUAUGGUCAAACAACAAUGCUAGAAAUAAUAAUAAUAAUAGGAAUUCGAAAAAUGCAAAAGGAAAAGGAGGAAUGGAAAGUGGGAAGAAUGAUAUGAACAAAAAUAAUGGUGGAAAUAAUAAUAAAUCAUCAGUUCCAAAAGGAGGGAAAAAGAAAGUUCAAGGAAGUGGUAGUAGUGGGAAGGGCCAGGAAAAGGAAAAAAACAGAAAUGACAAUAAUAACAAUUUUGAUAAAGGCUCUAAGAAGACAGUGGAUAAUGAAGACGAAUAUAACUUUAUGGAUGAAUUGAACAAAUUUGAGAAAAUGUUUCAUGAAAAUGAUUUCGAAAAUGAAGAAAACGAAUAUGAGAAUUAUGGUAAAGGUGGAGGAAGCGCAGGAGGAAGAAAAAUUGAUGAGGGAAAUAACAAUUUUUAUGACGACUUUGACGAAUUUGAUAAUAGUCGGGGUUAUAAUGAUAUGAAACCAAAUGCUAAUGAUUACCAAUAUUUUGAUAAUGAAGAGACACUUGAUAGUGAUGAUGAUUUGACAAAUAUAUGGAAUAAGAAUAUGCAGAAUUUCGAACCAUCUACUUUAUUAACAUUCGAAAUACAAGGAAAUUCUGAAGAAUACCUUUUUGAAGAAAUAACUAGCUUUAACACAUAUUUUAGAGGAGUUUUUUAUUCAAACAAUGAAUCAGAUGAUAAUAAAAUUCAGUUUUUUAUCAGAGACCCGGAUGGAACCAUAAUAUAUAAGAAGGAGGCUAGUGAAGGGAUAUUUUAUUUUUACACAGAAAAAAAUGGAAUAUACACAAUUACACUAAAAAAUAGCAAAUGGGUAGGGAAAAAACUUACAACAGUUGCUUUGGGUAUAGGAGAAAGUCCAUCAUUAAAAUCGGAACAUAUAAAAGACUUUACGAAUUUUAUUGAUAAAAUUGUUUCUGAAACAAAAAAAUUAAAAAACGAAAUCAAAUAUUUAUCAUCAAAGCAUAUGUCACAUAUAGAGAAAAUGAAAAAAAUAACCAAUAAAGCUUUUCUCUAUUGCUUCAUCAAAUUGUUCGUGCUUAUAUUUUUGUCUUUGUUUACCAUAUAUUACAUUAAGAAUUUGGUAUCCAACAAGCGUGUGCUGUAG